GGGGCGAGCCCGGAGAGGGGCCGGGACCCCCCCCCCCCGGGGGGGGCCGCCAUGGCGUCUAGCCGUGCUUAGCAACCGUUGCUAGGGCCCGGCGCUGAGGGGCGGGGGGGGGGCGGUACUGCGCGUGCGUAGAGGGUUGCGGGCGGCACUGCGCGUGCGUAGAGGGUUGCGGGCGGCACUGCGCAUGCGCGAGGGGCCGGGCAUCAUGGCGGAGGGCGGCUCUGCCGAGGGGGAGCUGGAGCCGCUGAGGCUGCGGCGGCUGCGGGGCGAGGGCUUCUUCGAGGUGCCGGCGGCCGAUCGGCUGGGAAGAUGCCGCAGCGUGAAGGAGUUCGAGAAGCUGAAUCGGAUCGGAGAGGGCACCUACGGCAUAGUGUACCGGGCCCGGGAUACCCUGACAGAUGAGACUGUGGCGUUGAAGAAGGUGCGGAUGGACAACGAGAAGGAUGGAAUGCCCGUCAGCAGCCUGCGGGAGAUCACCCUGCUCCUGCAGCUUCGGCACCCCAACAUCGUGGAGCUGAAGGAGGUGGUUGUGGGGAACCAUCUGGAGAGUAUUUUCCUGGUGAUGGGCUACUGCGAGCAGGACUUAGCCAGCCUCCUGGAGAACAUGCAGACGCCUUUUUCAGAGACUCAGGUGAAGUGCAUCAUCCUGCAAGUCCUCAAGGGCCUGCAGUACCUUCACGAGAACUACAUCAUCCACAGGGAUCUGAAGGUGUCCAACCUGCUGAUGACUGACAAAGGCUGCGUGAAAAUAGCUGAUUUUGGACUGGCACGCACCUACGGGAUGCCACCGAAGCCGAUGACCCCCAAAGUUGUCACGCUCUGGUACCGGGCGCCCGAGCUGCUGCUGGGGAUGACGACCCAGACCACCAGCAUCGACAUGUGGGCCCUGGGCUGCAUCCUCGCCGAGCUGCUGGCCCACAAGCCGCUGCUGCCGGGCACCUCGGAGAUUCACCAGAUCGACCUCAUCGUGCAGCUCCUGGGGACGCCCAACGAGAACAUCUGGCCGGGUUUCUCCAAGCUGCCCCUGGUGAGUCAGUACACCCUGCGGAAGCAGCCCUACAACAACCUCAAGCACAAGUUCCCCUGGCUCUCGGAGGCUGGGCUGAGGCUGCUCAACUUCCUCUUCAUGUACGAUCCCAAGAAGCGGGCGACAGCCAAAGACUGCCUGGAGAGCUCCUACUUCAAGGAGAAGCCCCUACCCUGCGAGCCAGAGCUCAUGCCCACCUUCCCCCACCACCGCAACAAGCGGGCGGGCGCGGCGGGGCCGGAGAGCCAAGCGAAGCGCAGCAAACCCUGAGCUCUGCGCUGGGGGGAGGAGGCACGGCCCACGGCAGCCGCCACGGCGCGGCCCCCAGCGCCGCGGGCUCCGUCCUUCCCGGGGGGGGCAGCUCCCUCGUUCCAUUCCCCGCCCCGCCGCGGGGACGGAUCCAGCCGCGGGUCUGGCCUGGCGCUGGGUGAACGCAGAGGAGAGCUGGAGCCGGCGGGGUGGGGGGCUCAGUGGGGAGAGGCCCGGGGCGAGCCCUGUCCUGGGGGAGGGGGGUCCCUCUGCGGGUGCUGGCCGCGAGGGUUAACCCCGACUUCGCUGUCAAUAAAAGCACCUGCCAGCA